CUUAUCUCCAGCUUUGAUCCACUAACAUUGUGGAAACCUCUAGGAUUGUUGAAACCUCUAGGAUUGUGCACCAGGACUGUGUGAUCCUGCCAGGAUUGUAAGGCUGCUCUGAGCUCUGGAUCCAAAGGGGAAUGUGUUUCCAUAAAGGUCUGUGACUGAUACACCUGCAGCACCAGGAGCUGACCACCCCACAACACUGACAGUUAAAGGAUCUGACCAUCAUGAGCAGGGUACUGGGCACCGGGCUUCUGCUGCUGCUCAUCUGUGCUUCAAGCAGCGGCCAGCGAGGUACCAGAAGAAAAGCAACGUCAGAAACUUCGGCAAACAACAGACACAAGACAAAAGAGAGGACAUCAGUCACAUUGUUGUCGAGCAGAGACUGUCUGCAAGCGGGAGAAGCCUGCACCAGCAACCCUAGCUGUAGCUUCAAUUUCCGAACGCUCCGACAGUGCAUAGCAGGAAAUGGUGCAAAUAAGCUGGGACCUAACGCCAAGAGCCAGUGUAGGCGCACUGUAACUGCGCUGCUCUCCAGCCAGCUCCAUGGCUGCAAAUGCAAGCGGGGAAUGAAAAAGGAGAAGAACUGUCUGAGCAUAUACUGGAGUAUUCACCACACCCUGGUGGAAGGUAUUAAUGUAAUAGAGGGCUCACCGUAUGAACCAUUUGUAAGAGGUUUUGACUAUGUGAGACUGGCAUCCAUCACUGCAGAAAAUGAAGUCACUCAGAUUAACCGCUGUCUGGAUGCUGCGAAAGCCUGUAAUGUUGAUGAGACGUGUCAAAAGCUACGGACUGAUUAUGUUUCUUUGUGCAUCAGAAAGGUGCACCGGACUGACAUGUGCAACCGCUCCAAAUGUCACAAGGCUUUACGCAAGUUUUUUGAUCGUGUGCCUGCUGAGUACACCAGCGAACUUCUGUUCUGUCCUUGCGAGGACACUGCGUGUGCAGAGCGGAGGCGACAGACAAUUGUUCCUGCGUGUUCCUACGAAUCAAAAGAAAAGCCGAACUGCCUUAUUCCCCUUGAUGCUUGCAAAGAGAACUACAUCUGCAGGUCCCGGUUUGCAGAGUUCCAGUUCAAUUGCCAGCCAUCCCUGCAGUCUGUUACAGGAUGCGCGCGGGAGAAUUAUGCAGCCUGUCUAAUGGCUUACACAGGAAUUAUAGGAAGUGCCAUCACACCAAACUAUGUAGAUAACUCAUCUUCGAGUGUGUCCCCCUGGUGCACUUGUAACACUAGUGGGAACCGACAAGAAGAAUGUGAAAACUUUCUGCACCUGUUUACUAAUAACAUCUGUCUCCAAAAUGCCAUUCACGCGUUUGGCAAUGGGACAAAUUUGAACCUGGCAUUAAGUCCGUCUGCCAUUUCCACAACACCAGCACACAAAGAAGAAACAAGCUGUAAUUGCACAGUUCCUACAAUUGAGGAGAAUAUGUCUGUUCAAUUUCAACCCACUAAGGUCACAAAAGAGGAACAUUUCUUGCCUGGUUCCAAUCAAAUCAAGUCUGAAGUCUCCAAUUCCCAUGCAACGUAUUUUAGUUCCACAUUGGUCAUAAUUGGAUUUUCCCUUCUCAUUGCUAUAUAUUUUGAAGCCUCUAUGUAAAUCCAGCAAGUUUUACCCUGAUAAUUAUGAGUGCAGGGAUGAAAACAAACUAUUAUCUAUUUUUAUCUCUUUUUCUUUUCAUUUACGUUAGAUCAUGUUAAUCUUAAUAUCCCUAAGUUCAUUUUUUUUUUUUUCAAUUUUUGGAAGUCAAUAUGUCUUAUGGAUCUCAAGUGACACUUGAACACAUUUCAGGAGCAAGUUUUGAGACUUCAGAAAACAAAAAAAAUCAUCUAAUCUUUCUAGAUGUCUAGGACAUUGACAUCAAUUUGUUUUCUUUAUCAGUAACAAUAACACAAUUCUAGGGGGUUUCUAAGCUACACAAGGAACCUAUGAUACUUAACAAGCACAUGAGUAUUUGGAUAGAAGAUGGAUCUACAGUCAAAAAAAUCCUGGUUGCAGUGUUCAGAAAACCCUUAGUAUGUUGGGAACACAUAUACAAUGUUAUAAAGCUACUGUUUGCAUUAUAUAAACUUGUCUUAUUUUCUACCUUGUUGGGAGGAAAAAAGUAAUGUAAAUAUCAUAUAAUUACUUCAUCUAUGGAUCAACAAAGAAAGAGAGACACUAAGAGGAAACCUUCUUGCAUUUCUUAACAGUUUUUGUGUGUGGUCGUUCAUUUGAACAUCAGCCUGUGCACCUUUCACAUCUGAGUGAGGGUAGACUCUGACCUUAAGACAUUUUCUACGAGAUUAUAAUACAAAAUGCAUUAAAUAUAUAUCAAAAGGUCCAUUUACUUUGAAUUAUACUGUUCCUAAGAUUUUCAUAAAUUGAAAGAAUGUUUUAUGGCAACAACUUUUUUGUAUGGGUUCUUUUGUUACAUUUUAUCGUUCUGUUUUUUUUUUCACCUGUCAUAGUCAUGAAUCUACAUUCAAUCUUAUUUUUAACUUUGAAAUUUUAUUUUUUUGGAUUGUAGCAUUAAA